AUGUCCCUCUUCCAGAUGCCUCUCGCACUGGCUCCUAACAUUGGCACCAUCAUUGUCUGCCGUUUCAUCGCCGGUUUCGCCGGUGGUGCCCCCUUGACCAACACGGGUGGUACCAUCAGUGAUCUGUGGGAGCGUAACCACAGUGGUGGCCCUAUGGCCUUCUACGGUCUCAGUAGCACAUUUGGCCCGCCCAUGGCCCUGGUGGUCAGCGGCUACAUCGGCCUGAACCUGAACUGGCACUGGAUUUUCUGGAUCAUGAUGGCCAUCACUGGUGGCACCUGGAUUGCGCUGGUCUUGACUGUCCCGGAAACGCGUCACAGCAUCAUCCUUCAGCGCAAGGCCGCCCGCGUGCGCAAGCAGAUGCAACGCGAGGGAUUGCGCUCCGCAGAGACUACCACCGACCUCCACGCAGAAGACCGCAAGGGCCUGCACCAGCUGUUUGCGAUCACCCUCACCCGUCCCUUCCGCUUCCUGUUCACCGAGCCCAUCACCACCUUUUCCGCCAUCUACAACGGCUUCCUCUACGGGCUGGUCUACCUCUUCAACGAAGCCUUCCCUCUCGUCUUUGGCGAACCCAACGGCCACGGCUUCAACGUCGGUCAACAGGGUCUUUGCUUCCUGGGCAUGGCCAUUGGCCCUAUCAUCGCCUGUGCCCUGUCCCCGCUGCAGGAGCGGUACUACCUGCGCCGCGUGGCCGAGAACAGCGGCCGCAGUGUCCCGGAAGCGCGCAUGUGGAUGGCCCGUGUCGGCUCGCUGCUCAUCCCGAUCAGUCUGUUCUGGUUCGGCUGGACCAGCUACCGCUCCGUGCACUGGAUCGUCCCCAUCAUUGCGUCUUCUUUCUUCGGUGCGGGUCUUUACAUCGUCAUCCUCAGUAUCCUCAACUAUGUCGUCGACAGCUACCAGACUUACUCUGCCUCUGCAUUGGCUGGUGUUAUUCUCGUCCGGAACCUUGUCGGUGCUGGCUUCCCGCUGUUCGCUACGCAGAUGUACGAGAAGCUCGACUACGAGUGGGCGUCCAGUCUGCUGGGAUUUAUUGCCAUUCUGCUCGUGCCGAUUCCAUUUAUCUUCUUCUACAAGGGUCGUGCCAUUCGGUUGCGCAGUCCUUGGGCGCGCGAGCACUUUGACUCGGAUGAGGAUAGUCCGCACUAG